AAGACACACAAUCUCGUGUGGUGUUCCCCAUUUCGACGCCACUUCUGGCUUUCUUCAAGUCGGAACGGAAGCCAGCCAAGCGAUCGUCCGUCGUUCGCAUUAAUCUGGUGAUGCUGCUCUCUCUCUCUCGGUGAACCAAAGUGUCCGCGCCUCACCAUUUCCGAAAAGAUGACGAAUAGCAACAGAGGGCCAAUUGGACUUCCAAUACGGCGCGUCCAGAGCCGCAAUGCGCUGGCCAUGUCGGCCAUCCAGGAGGAACGUUCCAGUCUCGAUAAUGUGCCAAUAGCGGUCCCCGUCGCGGAUUCGUGCUCCACGUCUCCGACCACUUCAUCCUCGGGCUCCGAUUCGAGUCCAAGCCAGCAGAGAGUGGCUGGUUCUAUUCGAUCUCGUCCCGCAGCAAACCGCGAUAAACCUUCAACUGCUAAGACUACUGCACGGACGAGCAAGUCUAACACAGCACGAUCGCGUUCCAUUGCCAAAUUUGAGGAAGUCGAAGCAACUACUACUGACACCCCCUCUCAACCGCCUACUAGACCUCUGCGAGCUCAAUCGGCUCGAACAUGGACUCCAUCUUUCGCUGAUAUGGCUAUGCCUACCGUUAAAGGUAUCACGUCUGCAGUGGCAAGGCAGAUGUAUUCAGUAAGAUCUCGUUCCAGUGAGGAUGACGCGAAGACGUCGAAGACAGCGCAGUCGCCUCCUAAGAAGGCAGCGAAGGCUCGUUCAGUGCGGUCUCGCCCGGUAUCCUGUUUUGACGAUUCCCUCUUGGACGAGGAAGCGAAGAAAGCAGCGAAGGAAAAAGCACCAGUACCAAAACCUACUAAACCAGCCAAGUCGCUUCGAUCGCGUCCCGUUCCUUGCUUUGAAGACCUCCUGUCAUCCGGUCCUGCGCCACAGACGAAACCGGAGGGUUGGAAACCCCGUGCAAUCGGUACCCGACCAGCCUCAGGCCCCACGUCACGAGCACCUCGAUCGAAAUCCUCCGCACACUUGUCGUCCUCUCCUUCAUCAUCGGACGGAUCAUCGGAUGAUGGAAAGUUCUCAGUGCGAAGACGAGAAUCGAAUCCUCCGCCGCGUAAGUUGACACGUCCGAAAUCGUCUUCAAACUUGACUGCAGCUGUAUCGAAACCAGCCAAGCAGAGUCGAAGCCGCCCCCGAUUCCCGUCGGAGGAGGAUAUCUCGGUUAAUCGCCCUCGCGCUUCAUCUGACAGCGGUCAAGGGCUAAAAGAUGCGCUUAAGCUCAGUGACGAAGACUUCCGUCCACGAGCGUCGUCGUAUUCAACGUCAAGCAAGAAAAACAUGAAAUCUUCAUCACGUCCACGCCACUUUGAAGGGAAAUUCCAGAAUCGACGAGGUCAGUCGCUCUUGUAUUUUUCCCUAUUCCCACCUGAGAAGCUGGCGAUGCGAGGAAUUAUUCUGCACUUGCACGGUAUGGGCGACCACUGUCGACGGAAUACUGCACUCUACGAGAGAUACUGCCAAGAAGGUUUCGGUGUGAUCACCUACGACCUGGUGAACCACGGAGCGAGCGACUACGACCAGUACAACACACGCGCGCACAUCAGCAACUUUGACGAUUUCGUUGACGACACGAACGAUUUCAUCAAAUUUGCCAAGACAAACAUUUACAAGGUCGCUCUAAGGUACUGGAGGAAGCAUCACCACCCUCGUCACCCCCACGGAAGGGAGAAAAAGCGCGAGUCACCGCCCGAACUGCCGUUAAUCAUCACCGGCACGUCGUUCGGAGCUCAAAUUGGUCUCCACACGGUACUCUCAGGCCAACACAAAUUCCACGCUGGGGUCUGGGCGUCGCCUAGUAUUGGAGUCACAUGGACUCCGGUGUUGUGGGCUCAGUGGAAGUUUGCCAAGCCGCUGGUUGCCGCGUUCCCGACGGCCAAAAUGAUCCCUGCCAUUCAGCACAACUUGCGAAGUCGAAACCCAGAAUUCCUGAAAAAAUAUCAAGAAGAUCCUCUGACCAGCAGCGAUAUGAUCACUCCUCGCAGUGGCCACCAAUCGCUCACUGCCAUGAUUCGACUGCAGCAAGACAAGAGAGUUUCGGACGAGGAUUCCUCGUUCUGUGCGAUCCCCAUGCUGUUCCUUGCUGGAUCUGACGAUCGCAUUUCAGAUCAACAGGCUUCGUUCAGGUUUUUCCAUCGCAUAAGCAAUUUGGACAAGUCUUUCAAAGUCUUUGACGGCUUGUACCACAUGAUCUACGAGGAACCUGAGAAGGAGGAGGUGCUCGAAUAUCUAGUGGAGUGGCUGCACAAGAGAUUCCCACUUGAGACGCGACACCCGAACGAUUCUCACUUGAAUGUGGUGAAGAAACUGGAGCCGUCGAUCCGAAGCUACAACUACGUCAAGACAGAACGUACAGAACUGUGAGGGAAGCAUCUAAUACUUUUCAUUACGAAGAUAAUAAAUCAAAAUCAUGAACUCUAAAAUGUGAGCAAUGUGGUCUCCAAAAACUCGUAAAAUGCGCUAUCAGGGUC